ACAACAAUCUCUUCUUCAUAUACACCCUUCAUUGUUUUAGAGAUAGAGAUCGAGAUCGAGCUAAGAGUUAAGUAUGGCUUCGAAAACUUUACUUGUGCUAUGCAUUGUGGCUGUUGUUUUCGCGAUUGCUUAUGCUGGGGAAGCAGCCCGAGAGAUGGCUGUGGACUCUAACAAAGCUGCUCACAACAAGGCCAACGGCAUAGAAGAUGCCAAAUACGGUUACCCUGGCCGAGGUGGAUACCCUGGCCAGGGCGGUGGAGGAUACCCUGGCCACGGCGGUGGAGGAUACCCUGGCCAUGGUGGUGGAGGAGGAUAUCCUGGUCGCCGUGACAGCUGCCGAUAUGGUUGCUGCGGUCGUCGUGCCUACAACGGUGUCUGCCAAAGGUGCUGCCCUCAUCCUGUCUAAGCUAGGAUGCUGUUGAUCCUCAAGAUGAAGCCAAGCCACAGGACUAAAAACUUUAACUAGCUUUCAAGUGUACGUUCGUUACAAAUAAAAAGCUUGAUAUGUAAUGUAGUAAUGUUAUUACGUUGCCUAGCCAACUAUCGUGUUAAAUGUUCAUGUAAUCGGGCCGUUUUUAAUUUUUAUGUAAUUGUUUUUAAAAUUUUGCGAU